AUGCAGAUUGCUACAAAGGACUUGAAGGAGUCUAGUGACUACAUAAAGAGUUUGCUUGAGCUAUCAAUGGGAACUCUUUGCGAUCACAUUCUGCCUGGACUCAUCAGGAUGAAGGAAGAGUUCUAUGAGGACCCAGGACAAUCGUUGGCUCAACGAGUACAGUCUCUGGAAAAGGUCCCUGCUCCCUUGGCAUUGGGGGGUACCAGUCUCUUUGGGUCAGUAGACACGAGUAAACUAGUAGCGAUUCAAAAUUGUGAAGAACAAAAAGGUAUCCUUGCAAGGAUAGAGGGGCUCGAGAAAGAGAAUGCAUCCCUGAAACAAGAGAUAGCUGAGUUGGAGUCAAGAGUGACAACUCAACAAGAGCGCACGGUACCACUCCCACCAUUGAUCUUGGAUUCCUUGCCGAGUCUUCAGGAGCGAUUGGCCAACUGGGAACUGAAUACUCAGAAGGGUAAAGUCAGCGUGGCAGGUUGUGAGUUUGGCGGAGUCCAGGAUUGCAAGCGUUUCUUGCAUACCAGGAUGGAUUUGGAUGGCUCAUCAGUGUGGUUUGUUGGGCAUGAUGUGGUGUCGUUGGUUAACUGUGUGAAAGGAAGGGAAAGCAUCAGCCAUUGA